AUGGUUUCCCAUCGCCACCCUCCAGCUUACUGGAACUCAUACCGUCCCUCAUACGAUGGUAAGUCUCAUCCAAAUCCCCAGCGAGACUCGUCACCUCGCUGGUCCCCUGGCCUUGAAGCUAACUCCCGCUCUGUUCGCGGUUCAAACGCGGUUCCUCUGGGAUCUCGCCGCGAGCGACCUAACCGCAGCCGCUCGCCGUCUCACCGCGACCGCCGUAACGACUCUUACCGUGGUCAUCAUCACGACUCUUACCGUAGUCGUCGCGAAGACUCUUACCGCGGCCGCCGCGACGACUCUUACCGCAGCCAAUCCCCCUCACCCGCGGUCACUAGGGUCCACAACGACAACGGCAGCAAGAAGAAAGAGAAACCCGAGCUGCCCUGGCCCGCCGAUCUCGACGACCUCAUGAGCCGCACCGCCCGUGCCCUCGACCUCGUCGUCAACUACGAACGCGACUCCGACGGCGGCCUCCGCUGGGCCGCCGACGCCAUCGAGGUGAUCCGGAGCGAGGGCAAGAAGUUCCACAGCGGCAUUGCCAACUUGAAGGCCUGGGCCGGUGACGCAGAGCGCGCCAAGGCGCAGCCUACUGAGUUCGAGAAGGACGUCAAGUACGCGAGAAACGUCUGCAAUUAUGUGCAGCACAUGAUUGGCAGGAGUGAGCGUAAUUCGAAGGGGGAGAAUCUGUACGAGCUUGAGAAGGCGGGGGAGUAG